AAUGAAGAUGAAGAGAGCAUCUCUAGAAGAAGUUUGAAGAAGAAGAACACAUGGUAACAAGAAGAAUAAAAUCGACCCCACAUUCCAACUCCAAGUAGGCCAUUUAAAAGGCCAAAAGGAAUAAAAAGAAGGAAGUUUAAUCCUUCAACUAAAAUCAAUAAAAUAAUUCAGGAAGAAAAAGUCUGCGGUGAAUGGAAUGGAACGGAAACGGAAGGGAAUAGGCGAAAUCUGGGUGGUGGGUUUCACGCAAGCGCAUCGAUAGAGCUGGAGAGGCGCCUAGAGCAGCAUCUUGUGAUCUUCGCUCUCCAUUUCGUUUGCUGCAUUUCUGGUGCCACUUCUAUUGCUUGCUUCUGGGUUUGAUCCGAUCAGUGUUCAUGGGUCAUGAAUCUUCUCUAUGCUAGUUAUUUAUAUAGCUUCUCGGGGAUCAGUAAUGCAGGGAAGUUUGUCUACUGUUUGACGUUGUUACUCCAUUGUAAGAACAAGUUACGCAGGUGCAAAAUGGGGGUAUCAUUAAUUAAAGUGCUUCUUAGACGUAUUUCAUCAUUUCUUCAACUUUCAUCUUCUGACUAUGUAAAUUUACAACCAACUCUGAAGUACUACCAUAUAAUAGAAGGGGUCUUGAAGCUACUGAGGCCAAUACUGGAUGCAGUUGUUGAUUCAGAUAUUGCUUCCGAUGAAGAGCUUACUAAGGCAUUUGAACAACUUGAUCAUUCAGUGGAUGAACUAAGGAUGCUCUUUGAAAAUUGGCAACUAUUGUCGAGUAAAGUAUAUUUUGUACUGCAAAGUGAAGCACUAAUAUCAAAAAUUGGAAAAUCUAGCCUCGAUAUAUUCCAGCUUCUUCAGUCUUCAAAUGAAAAUCUCCCGGAGGAAUUGAGUUCAACAUCUCUUGAGCACUGCGUCCAAAAAGUUAAUCAUAUUGGAAAGGAACAAAUAUCUUCCAUUAUCAAAGAUACCAUAAGGAAUCAAAUAGAGGGUAUCGGACCCAGCUCAGAUGUCUUGGUGAAACUUGCGGAUUCCCUGAGCUUGAGAUCAAACCAGGAGAUUUUAAUCGAGGCCGUGGCCCUUGAAAAGUUGAAAGAGAAUGCAGAACAAGCUGAAAAUACUGGAGAAGCUGAGGACAUUGAUCAAAUGGUUGCUCUUGUAACCCGCAUGCAUGAACGACUUAUAACAAUAAAGCAGUCCCAAAGUUCUAGUCCUGUAUCAAUACCUGCUGAUUUCUGCUGUCCUCUUUCUCUCGAACUAAUGACAGAUCCAGUUAUCGUCGCAUCAGGGCAGACCUAUGAGCGGGUUUUUAUAAAAAACUGGAUUGAUCUGGGGCUCAAUGUUUGUCCAAAGACUAGACAGACAUUGGCUCACACCAAUCUUAUACCUAAUUUCACUGUUAAGGCUCUAAUUGAAAACUGGUGUGAGACGAACAAUGUGAAAUUGUCUGACCCCGCAAGGUCAGUGAACUUGAACCAGCUCUCACCCCUACUCGUUGGGAACUUUGAUUCUGAUGCACAUCGAGAACCCAUUUUUCCUCGUUCCCCUGGCUACCAACUGAUGUCUCCUCAAUCAACCAGGUCUGCAGGUUCAGGAAAGAACUUGAACUCACUUGGUGGAACUCAUAGAGAUGGAAAUUCUUCUUUGCUCUCCCAUUCUUUCUCUGAGGAUUCCUUGUCAAAUGAUGCUGGAGAUGAAAGAGGGAUUGAUUUUAGUAGACUAAGGCUUACAAGUUCAGAAGAUCGACCAGGCAAAUUGGAAGAGAAUGGUUGUGAUUUGGUUGCUAAACCAUCCAUGUCACCAUCUAGAACCAAUGUUCCAAAUACCAGUGAGGAUGAACAUUCACAUAGUCAUAAUAGGAGCGCAUCCACCUCUAGUGCAAUCUCAAAUGCUAAUCUCUCUCGAGAAACUUCAGGGGAAGCCAAUGAAGCUUCACAGUUGUCAACCAAUCUGACAGGUUAUGGCAGUGAUGCUGCUGGGGAGAGUAAAUCAGAGCCCUCGGCUGCCACUACCUCAACUACCAGCCGCAGAGAACCAGAGAUUCCAGCUAGACUAGCUGACUCAAGAUCUCGGGGUAAUACAAUUUGGCUCCGGCCAUCAGAGAGGUUUGCCACUAGAAUAACUGCAUCAUCUACCACUGAGACGAGGCCAGAUCUUUCUGCUAUUGAAGCACAAGUUCAGAAGGUGGUUGAGGAAUUGAAGAGCAGUUCACUCGAAACUUUAAGAGGUGCUACAGCUGAAUUGCGGCUAUUGGCCAAACAUAAUAUGGAUAACCGGAUAGUGAUUGCUCAAUGUGGGGCCAUUGUAUAUUUGGUUGAUUUGCUCCUCUCUGCAGACUCGAAGAUCCAGGAGAAUGCUGUUACAGCACUUCUAAACUUAUCCAUCAAUGAUAAUAAUAAAAGUGCCAUUGCUCAGGCCAAUGCAAUCGAGCCUCUGAUUCAUGUUCUUAAAACUGGGAGCCCGGAGGCGAAGGAGAACUCGGCGGCCACACUUUUUAGCCUCUCAGUGAUUGAAGAGAACAAGGUCAAAAUUGGAAGGUCUGGAGCAAUAGGACCGUUGGUUGAAUUGUUGGGUAAUGGAACUCCAAGGGGAAAGAAGGAUGCAGCUACAGCUUUGUUUAAUUUGUCAAUAUUCCAUGAGAACAAGGCUAGAAUUGUACAAGCUGGAGCUGUGAGGCAUCUUGUGGAGUUGAUGGACCCAGCAGCAGGAAUGGUUGACAAGGCUGUUGCUGUGUUGGCAAAUCUUGCCACGAUUCCUGAGGGUAGGUCUGCGAUUGGUCAGGAAGGUGGAAUUCCUGUUCUGGUCGAGGUCGUCGAGUUGGGUUCUGCAAGAGGAAAGGAAAAUGCGGCAGCAGCAUUGUUGCAGCUUUGCACAACAAGCAAUAGGCAUUGCAGUAUGGUGCUCCAAGAAGGAGCCGUGCCACCGCUAGUGGCGUUGUCACAAUCUGGCACUGCUAGAGCCAAAGAAAAGGCCCAAGCACUUCUUAGCCAUUUCAGAAGCCAGAGACAUGGUAAUUCAGGAAGAGGGUAAUUCUUUUAUUACAAUCUUAAAUGCCAUCUGAGGUCUUUGAGAAAGAUGUAUGUACAUCUGAUGUAUCAAAUAAUGCAUGUGAAGAAGGUGUUCAGUUGCUUGAUUUUUUGCACUGUACGUUCCCCAAAAGUUGGAAGGCAGAGUGAAACAUUGGAAAAGGAAAAAAAAUUACUUCAGAUUGGAUUAGAUUCUGUAAAAUAUUCUAUUCUAGUUGGUGAUUUAAUUUAUAUUUGUAA